AGUAGCAAUCAAACUGGAGGGAAAAAACAGGAAGUAAAAACAGACUGGGCACACUAUACUGAAUACUACAGAGCUAAGACUGGAAACAUGAAACAUACAAGAAGUAAGAGAAACAAGUGAAGAGCAGGAGGAAAACUAAAACUACUAAUGGCUGGAAAAGACAAGAACAAAAGACAACACAAGAUACGCUGCUGUUUCCUCUGGUCUAUAUGACAGGAGUGCACAAGCUGCAUUUCAUCAGCUGAGCUGCCAGCUUCCAUUACACAGCCUGCUUCACCAGGUGCCAGUAGGGGGGUUACCAUGGAAACCAGGAUGGUGAUGAAGCGAGAGCAGGAGGAGCAGUCGUCCCAGAUGUCUCACAGCAUGCAGCUGUCCUCCCAGAUCAAGAAGAAGACCUUCACUUCCAGUGAUGAGGAGGCUUCCUACUCUGACUUCUAUCCUAUCAUCCCUGCUGACGUGAUGUCCGUCAAGGAGAUCCUGAACAUGGAGAGCUUCCCCCGCCACAGGACAUGGGAUAUCUUGAAGGAAACUCUCGCAGCUGAUGAAGAAUAUGUCAGAGAAAAGUGGACCAUGUUUGGGAAUGAAGCCGAGAAGUUCGAGCAAGGCGUGAUCAGGAACCAGCAUGUGUUGCGGGAACGAGUGGACACUCUGGCACUUCGCAGGCAGGCAGAGAAGAAGAAAUCUGCCCACAUGGAGUACAUGGAGCAACUGAGCAGGAAGGCCCCAGACUUUCCGAUCCCUCUGAGGGCUCACACCGUCUGGGAGGGCAUGACGGUCUACCUCUCCUGUACCGUCCAGGGCUGUCCGACCCCAGAGGUCACAUGGUAUAAAGAUGGUCGGCUUCUGAGGAUGUCUGACCAACCGUGGAAUUACAGCCUUAAACAAAAAUUUGGUCUGAACACGUUGGAGAUAAGAAGAUGCUCUCCUGAGGAUGCUGGCGAGUAUAAAGUGGUAGCCAAGAGUCCCCUCGGGAGAGUCAUGACCUUUGGAACUCUGGUGGUCAAUUCAUAUCAAGGAGCUGUGGCUGGUUCAGAGCACUUGCAGACCCACGUCCUGCAAGAAGCCCAAUUUGGCACCACUUUCCCCCCAACCUGGGUGAAGGAGAGUGACAGCCUCACCCUGCAGUGUACCUUCACCUCGGUUCUGUCGGCCUCUCAGCAGGACGUUACCUGGUUUAGAGAUGGCAUCCAGCUGCAUCAGUCCAGCUCUGUGGACAUUAAGACAGACGGCAGCAAUGCCUCCAUCACUUUAUCCGCUGCAUACAAGGAGCAUGAAGGUGUUUACACUGCCCGACUCAGGACAUGUGAUGAAUUCCAGGAACACAGUGCUUUUGUCUUCAUCAGAGAUGCAUCAGCUGCAGUGCUUGGAGGCCCCGCCUCCCCUCUGGACGUCCAGGUAUCUGAUGUCAACAAGGACUACGUCUUUCUUACCUGGCAGCCACCCAGCGCUGAUGGAUCCUCACCUGUGCAGGGGUAUUAUGUGGAGAGAUGUGAAGUUGGUCAGACUGAUUGGGUGCGCUGUAACAUGCAAAUUCAGAAAAUGUGCUACUACCCAGUGUUCGGGCUAAAAGAAGGAGCGUGGUACCAGUUCAGGGUUCGUGCUGUGAACAAGGCAGGGGCAGGACGUCCCUCCAUGGCAACAACACCAGUACUCACUGCUGACCCACUGGAGCACACCAGGACCAUGGAGGUCAAAGUUGACAGAGGAAGGAAGAUCACCAUUACAAAAGAUGAACUUGAAGGUCAGGUCAGAGCUCCCUUUCCUCCCAUAGAUGUCCACGCCUGUGAGGUGAGCAACACCUACGUGGUGCUGAGCUGGACCGAGCCUGAUCCCAGAGGCAGAGAGCCGCUCACCUUCUACGUGGAGCGGACCCUAGCAGGGAAGAGCAGCUGGGAGCUGGCCAGUCUGGACGUGGAGGUACACUCACCGAGGUUCCCUCUGUUUGACCUGGUCAAGGGUAAGCAGUACUGCUUCAGAGUGCGCUCCGUCAACAAGUACGGUGUCAGUGACCCCUCUGAGCCCACUCAACCCAUCUCCUUGGGCAAGACACAAGCUGUGCCAGUUCCUCCUCACUCUGUCCUGGCCAUCAGAGACACAGACACCUCAGUACUGCUCAAGUGGCAGGAGCCCAAAAACAAAGAUGACAUCCUGGGUUACUACCUGUACUGCAGUGAGGCUGGCAAACAAGACUGGCAGACCAUCAACAACAAGCCUGUCACCGACACCAGAUUCACAGUCCAUGGCCUCAAAACCAGAAAGGAGUAUGUGUUCAGGGUGAAGGCUGUGAGCCGAGCAGGAAACAGCGACUACUCAGACCAGUCUCAACCCAUCCUUGUCAAAUCAGCCAUUCAUGUUCCCUCUGCUCCCUCUGCCAUCGCCCUGCUGCUGUGCACUGGAUCGGAGAUGGUGCUGAGUUGGAGAGCCCCUGCUUAUAACGGGGGAGACCCUGUGCGUGGAUACUACCUGGACCAGAAAGAAGAAGGCCUUAAAACAUGGAGGGAGGUCAACGUGAAGCCAGCUAAAGAGAGGCAGUUUAAGGUUUGCAACCUGACCAGCGAACACUUCUACCAGUUCCGUGUGUUUGCUGCCAACAUGGCCGGCGUCGGGAAGCCUUCUGAGGCCAGUGAAGCUUUCCUGUGUGAGAAGUGGACAAUGCCAGAGCCAGGUUGUCCAUAUGACGUGGAGGUCAGAGAGGUGAGAGACAGCUCCCUCGUGAUGUUGUGGGCGGCUCCGUUGUAUGAGGGAAGGAGCCCUGUCACUGGCUAUUUGCUGGAAAUCAGCCAAGGUGACCAAUCAGACAACUGGACAUCUUUGACUGAAAAACCAAUCUCUGAUACACAUUACAAAGUGUCAGGUCUCCAGGCGGGUCAGACCUACCGACUGCGUGUGUCAGCUGUCAAUGAGGCCGGAGUGAGCUGUGCUUCCCUGCCCACUGAGCCGAUCACCGCUCAGACUAGACCAGGCACCAAGGACAUUGAGAUUGGAGUGGACGACGAUGGUUUCAUAUACCUUGGCUACGAAGCUAAUGAGAUGAACGAUGAGAGCAAGUUCCUCUGGGGCAAAAACUACACCGAGCCCAUCGAUGCUGGGAGAGCUCGGACAGAAAAUAAGGAGAAUGGGUCAAAGCUCACCUUCACAGACCCCUCUGAGGAGGACCUGGGUCUCUACACUGUGGAAAUGAGCGACAACCCAGACCUGUCGUCAAGCUAUGACUUCACUGCUGAAGACCUUGAACGACUCAAAGAACUCAGCUGGCAAGUCAGAAAUCCACUGAUAGCUCUAAAGUCAGGCUGGCAGGUGGAGGUUUCUGAGAAAGGAACCGUUCGUCUUUGGCUCCAAACAGAGAGUCUGAGUAACAACGCUGAGCUCCGUCUCAUCUUCAAUGACAAAGAAAUCUCCAGCACUCCGCACCGUAAGAUCAACUUUGACAAGGCCAAAGGUCUGGUGGAGAUACUGUUUGAUCCGCUCUCUCCGGAGGACCAAGGCUCGUACACGGCUCAGCUGAGGGACGGCCGCGCCAAAAACCAGUUCACUUUGGUCUUUGUGGAUCAAAAGUUUCGUCAGACCCUGGCCCUGGCUGAUAAAAAACGACGAGACCUACAGAGAAAGUCUGGACCCUAUUUCCAGGAAUUCUUGUCGUGGAGUAUUAAUGAGGAGUGUGAACUGGUUAUUAAGUGCAAGGUGACAAACACAAACAAGGACACAACUUUGAACUGGUUUAAAGAAGGUGUGGGGUUGACGAAAGUUGAGUAUGUCCAAUCAUCUGGGGUCAGCCAGCUCACCAUCCCACAGGUCACUAAGAGAGAGGGAGGUUCAUACAAAGCUGUGGUGUCAGACGGGCGAGGAGAGGAUGUUAGCACCUUAGAUAUGCUGAAUGACGAGUACGACAAGCUCCUGCAGCAGCUGAGUAAACAGUGUGCAUUGUCGGCCAGCCAGCUGAGGAUCCAGAGCACCGCUGAAGGUGUCAUGAUCUACAGCUCUCUCAAAUACUAUAUAAGCCACCUUAAAAACAGCUGGUACUACGGGGAGAAGAGGAUCGAUCAGGAGGCCAGGAUGAAGCCCGGCAGCAGUAUGGAUAAAGUCUGGAUUGAAAUCCGUAACCCGACAGAGAAUGACAAAGGAAAAUACACCUUAGAAAUGUUUGAUGGGAAGGAGACCCACAAACGGUGUCUUGACCUGACUGGACAAGCCCUUGCUGACGCCCUACUGGAGUACCAGAGGUUAAAGCAGGCGGCCAUUGCUGAGAGAAAUCGGGGGAAAGUGACUAAAGGUCUUCCUGAUGUGGUAGCCAUCAUGGAGGGGAAGACUUUGUGUCUGACUUGCUUCAUCGACGGGGAUCCGGCCCCGGAGAUCUUCUGGCUGAGGAACGACAAGGAGAUCACUGAUGAGACCCAGUUCACCAUCACCAAGGAGCCCAAAUGCAGCACCAUCACUGUGCACAAUGUCAAAAUGCAAGAUUCUGGAAAAUACAGCAUCUUUGUUCGUAACAAGUUCGGCUCUGAAACUGUCGAUGUGACAUUGAGCGUUUAUAAGAUCGGGGACAAGCCCCCAGCACACGCUGUGGACAUGACUUAGGAAAAAAAUUGUCACCCAGGAAAAGAAAGUUCUGCAGUUUUAAGAUUCAGGAUGACAUGUUUGUGAAGGAUAGAUGGUUAGAUGGAGUGAUGGUGGCCUGUUCACAUAUUGGGAAACCUUAAUGAGCGUGGGUGAACUUUAUUUAGCAUUUAGCAGAGUUGCAAAGUCAUGACUUCAUAGCCUUUUGACAAAAGACAACCAAUCAAAAGCUAAAAUCCUGACCUGUAUCAAUCUGAUCUCAUCUUAAUCCACCAUAUGUAGCAUUUAGCUAGUCACAGUGGAGAGGACAAACUUCCUUUUAACAGGCAGAAACCUUGAGCAGAACCAAACUCAAAUUAUGCAGCAUUAUGUUUUUUCAUCUUAGCCAGAUUUGUGUCGUUCCAUAAAGCUUCCUUUGGCUCAGGUUCAAUCCAUCAAUCUUUAUUUGUAAAGCGCCAAAUCACAACAAACGUUAUAUCAAGACACUUUUAAUAACAUUGCAGGUCUA